UGAAAAAGAGUUACCUGCUCUUCACUGGUGGUGAUAUGUUAAAGGGCAUGACAGUGGAGGAUUUUAUCUUUCAAGAGGAAGGAAAGCUUCCAGAUGUCGUUUGUCAGUUUGCGGGGGCGUAUCACCUCUUCGACAAUGACAAAGACGAUGAAGAACAAGUCAGACUGCUGCUGCUGAAGUCUGGCCACCUCACAACCCAGGACCAGUCUGAUUCACAGGCUGAUGAUUCCAACAACCGGAGAGUGGUGCUGAUCGGUCUUCCUGGAGCUGGAAAAAGUUCCUCUGGGAACACCAUCUUAGGAUCUGAAAUGUUUGAAUCAGACGGUGGCUUUGAUUCAGUCAGUGCUGAAACAGUCUCUAGGUCAGCCACAGUGGAGGGUCGUAAGGUCACGGUGGUCGAUACUCCAGGAAUCACUGAUGAAGUUCUGACUCCUCAACAGCUGUUUGAGGAGAUCAUGAAGUCAGUAGUAGAGGCCAGUCCAGGACCUCAUGCCUUUGUUAUUGUGGUCAGAAUAGGUAGAAUCACUGAAAAAGACAUCAAACUGUUUGAGAUGCUGGAAACACUGUUCAGCAGAGAUGCUCAUAAGUACUCCAUGGUGCUUUUCACUCACGGAGACAAGCUGAAAGAAGGUCAGUCCAUUGAUCAGAAAAUCCAGUCCAACCAACAUGUGUCUGACCUGGUCUCCAUGUGUGAUGGUAGAUUCUGUGUGUUUGACAACACAACCAAAAGAAGCAGAGAGCAGGUCAGAAAGUUCCUGAGUAAAGUAGAUGAGAUGGUCUCAGAUAACGGUGGAGAACACUACACUGAUGAGAAGUUCAGGAUGGCUCAGACAUUCUUUAAUGAACACAGGAACCUGUCAGGUGAGACAGGUCCGUCAGGUGAGACAGGUCCGUCAGGUGAGACAGGUUCGUCAGGUGAGACAGGUUCGUCAGGUGGCAGUGGUUGGUGGGAAAGGGCCCCUGCCAUUCUCUCCACCCGCUUCCAGUACCUCCAGUCAGCUGGCUUCACCAUUCGGUCCCCCUCCCAUGGCUCUCCGCUCCAUCCUGCUUCUGCUCCUGUACUGCCCUGCCUUCGCUCCAGCUUCCAGCCACCCUCUGCCUCGAUUCCCAUCUUCCCCGGACUCCAAUGCCUCCUCUUCGGCUCCCUUGGUCCCGGUUUCCCGCGAAUCCCAAGCUUCCUCGCUUUCCAAUUCCCCGCUAGCUCCCUCACCAUUCUAUCCCAGCAGUCUCCCUCAUCGUCCUAUCCCAGCCCCAGAGCCCUUACUCCUGUCCUCGGCGUCCGCCUCCCCACUCCUUCCUCUUCCCUCUCCCUCAAUAAAACUUGUUUUUUCUGCUGA